AAAGAGAAGCCCAUAAUAGUAAAAUUGAGAGGCCACCACCAUCUAGAUUUCCUGGACCCUCUCUCACACCACUCACCCGCCACCCUCUCCACCCCCCACAACUCUCAAAAUUUCCCAAACCAACCAAACCCCCCCAUUUCCCUUUCAUUUUCACCCCCCAACCGCCGGAGACGCCGUCGUAAGCUCCCUACGCCGGUGGCUCCGAUACCACUCCACCACCACCAUCACCACCACCUCUCCAUCCCAUCUCCUCCAGCCUUCCGAUCAAAAUGAAGAAGAGCUGCCGAUUCUCUCUACCCGUCACCGUUGUGAUUACGGCGAUCGGCUACAUAUACGUCUCGACGGUGUUCGUGUUCGUGGACCAGUGGUUCGGCCUCGGGUCCUCUCCCGGGAUCAUGAACGCCGUCGUUUUCACCGCCCUCGCUCUCAUGUGUUCCUUCAAUUACGCUGCCGCCGUCUACAAGGAUCCGGGUCGGGUCCCCGACACCUUCACGCCCGACGUCGAGGACGCCGACAACCCCAUCCACGAGAUCAAGCGCAAGACUGACUUUUAUGUCGAGUUGAUUUCACAGGGUGGGGAUUUGAGAUACUGCCAGAAGUGUUCUCACUACAAGCCACCCCGUGCACAUCAUUGCCGUGUAUGUAAAAGAUGUGUUUUGCGAAUGGACCACCAUUGCAUAUGGAUGAACAAUUGCGUGGGACACGCAAACUAUAAGGUCUUCUUCGUUUUCGUUCUGUAUGCUGUAAUUGCAUGCAUUUACUCGCUGGUUUUGCUUCUGGGCAGUCUGAUGAAUGAUUCUGAAAAAGAUGAGCGUGAAGGAUCUUUCAGAACUAUAUAUGUCAUUUCUGGGCUGCUGCUUGUCCCAUUAAGUGUGGCUCUGAGCGUUCUUUUGGGUUGGCAUAUCUACCUCAUUUUGCGAAAUAAGACCACAAUAGAGUACCAUGAAGGAGUGAGAGCUAUGUGGCUUGCAGAGAAAGGAGGGGAUGUCUAUUCACAUCCUUAUGAUCUUGGUGCUUAUGAAAAUCUGAAUUCGGCGCUGGGUCCAAACAUCCUCUGCUGGGCAUUUCCCACGUCAAGGCAUAUUGGCUCUGGUCUUCGCUUCCGGACAGCGUAUGAGAAAAUGAGUGCGUCAGCAUCAAAAUGAGUUGCACUGUUGUUUGGUUGGGAAAUUUUGGUUUUUUAACUGUGAAGAGAAUGAUAGAGAAGUCUCUGGCGUUCCCUUUACAAAUUUUGCUGCUUGUACACUGUUCUUGAGAAGUUGAAGAGGGAGAAAAGGCACAAAUUAUCAGUUGGUAAAUACUACCAGAAUUGUAUUUCUUAAAGCUUUCUGAUGCAAGUUAGGUCGAUAAUGAGAUUAGUGCCACGAACACCCUUUGCUUUCCCACUAUUGUUCACAAUCAAGGAGGGUAGCGAGUUUUUGAUACAUUCAGAUAGAGGUACGUGUGUCUGGUGAUUAUAUGGAUAAUGUAGAGUUUAGGAUCAUUACCUUCUGCUGAUACAUCUCAUGUACAAAGAGGGAAUCAUUGCGAUCCCCACUUAACCCACCAAAAUCUCAAUUGAUCAAAAGUAUAAAGUUGUAACUACUGUAACUUUGCAAAAUUGAAAAUUGUUGUGGUUAAUGCAAUUUGUUAUUCAUUCCAGCA